UGAGAUAGGUGGGAGAGUAAGGUGGGUGAGCUGGGUGCAUGCGAUAUAAAGGGUGACUGAACCUAGGUCCUGGGUUCAGCCUGCUAACUCAAUGCUGACUUAAGUUCUUAUUCUUUUGCCCUCUUUCCCCAAUCCAUUCUAGGUUGGCAGCUGUAAAUGUGAGGCUCCUGCAGAAAUGGCUAGUGAUGGUGAGGAGUGUUGGGGCAGUGAUACCUGCCUUAUCCCCAUCAUCUUUUGAGGAAGUUACAUAGGACAGAGGUGCACAGAUCCAUAGUCCACCUGUCCCCCUCAGAAACACUGAACAGAAGCUCCAGUGUUAGGGCCAAGUCCUGAGGUGACAACCCCGACACUGAAACCCAUGAUGUUAGGGUCACAGUGAAGGAGCAUUUGCAUGCCAGGGGUUCUAGACAAAUACAGGGUCUGACCUAAUAGAGAUUGAAGCACAUUAAACAUGGUCACAACCCUUGUUCGCCUUCAGAGUAUUUCUGGCAUUUCGUCAACUACUCUACUGAGGGGCAGUAGACUGCCUGUGUAAACCUAGCUUGAGCUAGGUAAAAAAAAGUAUUUUUGUACCAGGACUUUUGGGGAUGUCCAAUACCAGUUUGCCUCCGUUGGGGAAUCUACCACAGUGGUCAAGAGUAGGACGUCUGGAUAAAUCAAGCCAUCUCCAGCUUGAUAACCAGGAUAAUCUGGAACAUCAGCCUAACUCUCAGUCCAAACCUGUUCAAGUCUGCAACAAAGACCGCGAUAAACUAGUCAUGGACUUGGAGAAAAGCCUGGCAUUCUUGCAGCAGCAACAUGCUGAGACCCUAAUGAAGCUUCAUGAGGAAAUUGAGAAUCUCAGAAGGGAAAACAAAGAGCUUCAUUAUAAACUCAUAAUGAAUGAGUCACUGCACAGGAGAGAUGGUAAUUUAACUCCCUUACUAAGAAAUUGGAAGCGUCUCUGGCCUGUGAUACAGGAACUUGAAUCCCCCCCCCUUUCCUUUCCCCUUUUCAUGUUUUGUCCAACAGCUGCUGCAGCCACAGUUUUUAGGUCUUCACAGACAAGCAAGCCACAGAUAGAUCCAUCCAAACAGCAAAAACAGAAUGAAGAAGAGGUGGUCAGUGUGGUACAAGGAGAACCAGAGACUCUCAGUCCAAAGGAGGAGAAGCGACUACAGGAGGUUAUUUCUAGAGAGGAAAGAGAAGUCUGUCAUCAAAUGACAUCUCCAGUACUUUCACUGCCAAGUCAUAUUAGAUCUAAACAAGCUCAGGUACCACCAGCCUCCUCCAACCCUUUCCUGGUGAACGUCCUCCCUUCCCACAUCCGGAAACCACCUACAUUGGAAGAGUGUGAGAUUGUCAUUCAUCAGCUAUGGAACAUCAAUCACAUGCAAGCACAGGAGCUAAUGUAUUUGAAAUCCUAUCUGGAGGACAUCCACAAGAACAAAAGGAUUCCUGAAGAUUAUCUGCUAGCCAGCCAGAUUGGGAAUAAAGAAGUUUCACGGUUACCCAGAAUGCUAAAAGAUACAGCUAAGAAAUGCUUGAUUUUAACUCCACUGCCAGCUGCUGAAAGGGCAGUUCUGCCAGCACUGAAGCAAACACUGGGAAACAGAUUUGCUGAGAGACAGAAGAGAACUCAAGCUAUUCAGAGAAGCCGUCUUCGUCGGACUGUGCUUUAGUCUGGUUGUUUAGUGACCGCAUUACACAUCUCCUCAAGUGAUCCAGUAGCUAUAGCACUCCCAGUACGUGUUUGAGUGUACAUUGCAGUUUCAACAUAGAUUGGUUUCCUACUAUUUCCCCCCAUUUCAAGUAAAAAUGAAUUAUGAAA